AUGGUUCUUCCAAAUAGGAUAUUAAGGAUCUGGAUGAUCCCUUUGGUGACGUGUACCCAGUACUUUAUCCAACUUAAGGCACCAUCUACGGUUGAAGCGUUGUUGCAAAGCGACGAUACUGUCAAGGCUAUCCAUCACCUACGUCCUUUUGUCGAGAAGGCAUUUUCUUUCGGAUCUUUUGAGGGGUUUUCUGGGUCGUUUGAUUCCGAUGUGUUGGCCCGAUUACGCAAAAACCCGUUGGUCGAAGAAAUUACUCCGGAUAUCGUGGUCAAGACAUGUAAUAAAGAUGCUAGGCUUGGUGAUCGCGCACUGGUCGGGAUCAGUUCGCGGUAUGAAAGCCAGCAUGAUGCCCCCAGACACUUAGCAAGACUCUCUUCUAGGGAGGCCCUUGAUGGUGAUACUGAUAGUUAUCAAUAUCAUUAUCCUAGGGAAUAUCAAGGAGCAAAUGUCGAUGUAUAUGUCAUUGACACUGGUAUUCAAUGCGACAACAUAGAGUUUGAAGGCCGAUGCCUGUUUGGUAAAGAUUUUACCGGAGAAGGGCCAGGAGACAAUAAUGGACACGGAACACAUGUUUCAGGGAUUAUUGGAUCGAAGAGUUACGGGGUUGCCAAAAAAAUCAAUCUCAUUGAUGUCAAGGCCCUUGAUCGGACAGGGACGGGGAGUUUGAGCUCGAUCAUUUCGGGGAUUGAGUUUGCGGUAAACCAUUAUAAAGAGACAAAUAGUCUGAGGAAAGCGAUCAUUAACUUAUCUAUUGGGGCUUUUAGAAAUAGUGUGCUCAAUCGAGCGGUUGAAGUGGCGUUCAAAUCGGGGCUAGUGUUGGUGGUGGCAGCGGGCAAUUCUAACAUUGAUGCGUGUGCCACCAGCCCAGCCAGUGCCAAGUACGCGAUAACUGUUGGAGCGAUUGACGACAAAGAUGACAAAUUGGCGGGAUUCUCUAAUUGGGGCCGAUGUGUGAAUGUGUUGGCCAGUGGAGUCAGGGUGAUUAGUGUGAAUGCAAAAGGAAUGGGGCCGUUGAUGUUGUCAGGAACCUCGAUGUCGACCCCCUCGGUGACGGGAUUGGUAGGGCUUUUGUUGGAGUCGGGGAUCUCGCCAGAAGACGUGAAGCAACGAUUGAAGGAGGCAGCAACCAUGGGGGCAGUUCCUCGAUUGUCAUUGAUGAUGAGGCCGAUCACUCCCAACAGGAUUGCCUACCUUCCAUACGGGGGCAUAGACCAUGAGAGGUAUGAUCCGUAUCAUGUUGAUGUCGACGCAGGUGAGCCAUCCACUCGGUACCAAUCGGCCGCCACGGACAAUCUCGGACAUUAG